AUGUAAAAUCCUUAUAUAAGGUAGUUUGGAAAGAAAAACUUCCAGGUACAAUCUUACCUCGAUGAGGUGUUAUCGAAAAACGAUACUUAAAUGAUCAAGCAAGAGUAUAAAGGCCUAAAAAAAUCUCAUCAAUCUUUACAGAGAGAAAUUGGUAACUUUCUUUUUCACUAGUAUCAUACUUUUCUUGAGACAUCUGACAAACUAGAGACAGUGAAGUAUCAAAUUGAUGAUGCCAAAGCUAUAUUGGCAUAAUUCCAAUUAGUGAUAAAUUCUUUAAGAGGAUAAAUGGAUCGUUUAGAUUAAACAUCAACCUAGUGGGACAAAAUAAUGGAGAGUCAUCAAAAAAAUGAGGAUAAAAUGAAUAGCUUUAAAUAAAAGCAAUAAGAUGAUAUAUUUGAUGGGGCGAGCAAACAUGAGACUGAGAUGUAAUACCUUCAAGAAUAAUUAGAAGUUAUUGAGCAAUAAAUACAUCUUAAUAAGUUUGAAGAAUCAAUAAGCACCCUAAAUGAUUUGAAUAAUCAUCUGGAUUAAUUAGGUGAUUUUGACUAUGAAUAACUAGUAUUGAUAAGAGCAUCGUCAGAUCAGCUCAGAAAUAAUCUGGAUUCCUUGCUUUAAAAGCAGAUAUCUCUUCACAUGAAAUCAAAUGAUCUAAGCACAUCUUUGUCUCUUUAAAAUAUAUUUGGAGCAGUUUAAUCUUAUCUAAAUUACUAAUAGAAAUUAAUUUAAGGUAAACUAAAGAAGAUUGAGCCGAUUGUUUUUCAAGUUAUGACUAUGCAAUAAUGCUAGACUCAGUCAUAGAGACUAUAAUAAUCAGUUAGUGUGUUCGUAGACUUUAUCAAUAAUUUAGUAAAAGAUUUCCAAAAUAAAUUUAUUGAUGGGAAAGAUAUAUCAAGAAUAAUGUGUCAGGAUGAUAUCAAUACUGCGAAAUCCUAUUUCGCUCAGUGGUUAAAAUAGCAGACUGAGACUUCACUAUGUCUCCAUAUAUCUCUAUAUUUAUAGAACGAAUUGGUACAGCAUUAACUUGGUGAAAAUUUGAAACAGAUAGUUAGAUUGGUCAAAGCACUUUAAGGCACAAAUGUAAAUAUUUGCCAUGUUCUCGAAAGAUCUAUCGCUCCAAUGGUAUUAAAUUCAAUAGAUAGACUCUUAAAUGAAAGAAUAAAUAAUUAAACCUAGGAAAAAGGACUUAAAAAGCACAAUUCGGUUAAAACUUCUCUUGAAACUCUUUUUAUUGUCGAUUACUAUCAACUAAAGAACAUUGCAGAGUUGGAAGAAGAGAAAAAGUAAGAUAACUUUGAAUCAAUAAUCUCUAUGCAAUCGAUGCGAAAACACUUUUUCAGAAAAAUGUUGAAAUUUCUAGAUAAAAACAUUAUUUAGAAUAUGGAUUUAAAGCUUUAUCAGUAUAUUUCAGUUCAGAUAUCCAAUUUCAUGAUUAUUAGAUUCAUUUAAAAGCUAGACUCAAUUGUUCAAAGAGAAGAGAUCUUAUUGCAAGCUUAGACUUAGAAAACAGAUUAAAUGUCAAGAUAUCUCAUUAAUGAGUUUUCGAGCGUUCAAGUGAUUAGACUGCUCCAAAUCUAUUUUCUAAAAUAGGAUUUUCAAAUAGUAAAACCGAUUAAAGAAAAACUAGAGAAGAGUUUGACUGAAAUGAGGCAGUUUUAUACCAAUCGCUUUAAGAAGUUAUUUUACAAAGAUUUACUUAUCAAACUUUUGCAGUGUAUUCUAAAAGAUAACGAUUAUGAGAAGCAGUUUUUUAGUGAUGAAACUGUUGAUUAUACAACAAUCAAUCCAGCCUAAUGCUUCAUUUAAGUUUCGAAGUAUCUAAAUGAAAUAAAGAUCAAGAUUGAAAAAGAUUUAAAGCUAGAUGAUGAAAGUGAAGUGUUUCAUGCCAAGAUUGUAUUCAAAGAGCAUUUGGUCAUGUUCAUGCUUGCAACAACACUUGAGUUAUUCAAGGACUUACUAUUAAUGCAAUUAUAAGAGCUGGAGACUAAAUACUCUGAUUAUAAGGAAUAUAUAAAUAAAUUAGUUGUUGAAAAGAAGCUCUAAGCCAGAUUUGUUCUGAAUAGUGGAACAUAGCAGUUGAUGUUUGGAAUUUGGUAUCUUAUACUAACUAUGACCAGCAAGAUUAAAACAAAGGAGGUCAAGGGAAGUAGUGAGAGUCAAAGAGUAACUUAAUCUUUGCAAUAACUGACUCAAGACAUUUAAAAUAGUAGGAAGUCAAUACAAAGCAGAGAAAGCUACAAGAGCACUGAGAUUAAUGUAGAGGUCUUCAAGAAUAGAAUUCUUGAGUUAGAUGACAACAUGAAAAAUUGA